AUGACCUGCGACACCAUGUUUUCCACCCACCCCGCACCGUCCAUGCCUCCGCCGCAAUCGCGCUCGGUGCAGCCCGAGACCUUUUUGCUGGAUCAAGAUGCGCAGCAGAGUCUGCCGCAGGAUUCGGUCGUGGCUCUGCAGCAGGUGGACAAUCUCAAGUACUUCCUCAUAUCCGCUCCCGUAGAUUGGAGACAGGAGCAGUACUGCCGGCGAUUUCUCCUCCCAACGGGCGAAUACGUGUCAUGCGUGCUAUGGAACAACCUUUUCCACAUCUCCGGAACCGACAUUGUCCGAUGUCUCUCCUUCCGAUUCCAGGCGUUUGGUCGUCCUGUGAAGAACUCGAAGAAAUUCGAAGAGGGUAUCUUUUCCGAUCUCCGCAAUCUCAAAUCCGGCACGGAUGCUUCGCUCGAGGAGCCCAAGAGCCCGUUCCUGGACUUUCUCUACAAGAACAACUGCAUUCGAACGCAGAAGAAGCAAAAGGUCUUUUACUGGUACAGCGUGCCUCACGACCGCCUCUUUUUGGACGCUCUGGAGCGCGACCUCAAGCGGGAGAAGAUGGGUCAGGAGGCCACCACCGUUGCCGUCAGCGAGCCAGCGCUUUCCUUUGAAUUCGACUCUUCACAGUCUCUUUUUGAGCAACUCACCAAGGCCCAGCAAAACAACCAGUCCACGUUCAACGGCCAGCCUCCGUCAAUGCCUCCUUCGCAUUCGACCUCGCCCGUCGCGCGGGGAAUGGAUUCCAUGCCUCCACCUUCCAUGAUCCCGCAACACAUGGCACCAACCUCAAUGCCGCAGUCAAUGUCUCACCACGGCAUGCAGUCUCAUCACAGCAUGCCUCCUCAGCACAACAUGCAACCACACCACAGCAUGCCGCCUCAACACAGUAUGCCAGCCAUGCAUGAUGACACAAUGACCCAUGUGCCAACUUACUCUCAGAUGGCCAUGCCUCCGAUGCCUUCCCAAAUUCAGAAAACCCGUGAGCAGUCACUUGGUCCGGUCUUUGAUCGUAAUGGCCUUCCCAUCUCACAGGCAGGAACACGCCACUCAUCAAUGCCCGCAUACAUGGAGUACUCGCCAGCACCUUCUUUCGUCUCGUCCCAUUUCGAGGACUACAGCCAGCGCGGACUGUCAUUCGAACCCCUGACGCCACCUCAGAAUUCAAUGGGCAUGUCCUCGGAACCGACUUACAUCGCGACUGAGGAUACUGGCCUUUACGCCGCCAUGCCAGAUGUCCGCAUGCAGCAGUCUUACAACCCGCUCAUCUCCGCGCCUUCGAAUCUGCAAGCCAAUCAAUACCAGUCCAUGAACCGCAACUAUCAGCAGCAACAACAACAGCCGCAGCAAGUCUACUCCGUAUUGGAGGGCUCGCCUACCUACAAGCAACGACGACGCYGAUCAUCCUUGACAGGUAGCGGGUCACCAGCCGUCAGUUCUGCCGGCAGUGCGCUUCAAUCACAGACACAGACGCACGCCUCCCACCGACCAAGCGACCUCCGACGAUCAGUGUCCGCAUCUGUGGCACCACAGACCAUCCCAGAAGGACAGGAAGUCUCCUACAACGACUCUCCCGCAAGCAUGUACACGAACAAUCAGCACCCAGGACAGAUGAUGGGGGAGCACAAAGAACUGAUGGAGCUGUCACGACACAGCACGCCACAGCACCACACCGGUGAAGGAUCAACAGAUGAGUCCCAGUCUCAACAACGACACUCGAUGCAAAUGAAUCAAGUUCAGACCGAGGACUUUGCACAGUAUAGCGUAAGCCCAAGCCAGGAUUACCGCAACUCUCUCCAGCCCCAGCACCACGCCGUGCAACGCACCGCCAAUGGCGUGUUCCGUCGCGCACGCAGCGCGACCGUCAGUGAAAUGAGCCCAUAUCCUCAAAAGAGCCACUCUUGCCCGAUUCCCAUGUGUGGCCGUCUCUUCAAGAGGUUAGAACACUUGAAGCGCCACGUACGAACACACACGCAGGAACGACCAUAUUUGUGCACUCUCUGCAACAAGGCCUUUUCAAGAUCGGACAAUCUUGCACAGCAUCGUCGCACACACGAGACAUCUCUCGACGGAUCCGCACCUUCCGAGGAGGAAAUGGAGGAGGAGCGUGAUGCCAUGAAUGGAGUCGAUGCCGGCAACGAUCUUGACGAUUCUUCUUACCACGCCGUUGCAAUGACCACGGGAACUGAGCUUCCUGCCAUGCCAACUCACGUCGACAUGCGCGCAUUGACGCACUCUGAAAUGAGCCCGCUGCAUCACAUGGUCACGACUGGUGGUAACUACCAGUGA